GAUUUGUGGUUUUGCGUCUCACGAGUUUACACACCCAACCCAAGUACCCAACCCACAAACAUAUACUGUUUAGAUUACAGAACACCGUAGAACCAAACCAAACAUCUGUUUUUAGGUUAAAAAUCCAAUAAACAAAACAACCCGAUUUCACCCCCACUUUUCCCACAUCCCUUAAUUAGCGGUCGCCCCUCCGUCUCUGCCUGUUUCAACGGCAACCCACUUUCGUAUUUGAGCUGGGAUUAUUGUUAUUAUUCUCUACUUCUUUCGCUGCACACAUAAAUGAAUUGAAGGAAGCAAUUUGGGUCAAUAAGCGUACUGGGGGCACCCAUUCCCAUUUGUCUAUACCAACCGAGAGCGGCUAAAAUGAAUUUAGUGAGGCUAAAGUACAAGAAUAAAAGAUGGGAUAUCAUGUUUCAACGAUACAAGUAUUCAAUCGGUUUAAAUUAUCCCCAACAAACCUCUCAUCGAUCUUUAACCCAUUACUCAGUCGAAACAAACCGUUUAUCUGGUAAUAACGUUUUUAGAAGAUACUUAUCGAAUUCGUCAAAGUUGUCGGAAUCUAGUUCCACAAGAUUCCUCGCGGGAUCAUACGCAAAUUCUAGUGGUUCUUUUAGAUUUUAUAGCUCAAAGGGUGACGGUAGAAAUGCAAGUGAAAACAAGCAGGUGCCCUUGAAAGACGUGUCCGAAAUCGAUAAGGGUGUUAUCGGUAAAGAAAAUAUAAAGGCGGGUGUGAAUCCCCAUGACGCACAUGCUUGUUUAGGAGAGCAAGAUCAAAAGGAAUGGCUUCUCAAUGAGAAAUUGGCUAUCGAAAGUAAACGAAAAGAAUCACCUCUUUUAAGCAAAAGACAACGAUUCAAAAACGAGUUUACGAGGAGGAUUAUCCCAUGGGAGAAACAAACGGUUUCAUGGGAUACAUUUCCUUACUAUAUACACGAACAUUCCAAGAAUCUUUUAGUGGAAUGUGCUGCUUCUCAUUUGAAAAACAAGACGUUUACUACUACAUAUGGUUCACGGUUAGAUUCGUCUAGUGGGAGAAUAUUGCUUCAGAGUGUACCAGGCACUGAGCUUUAUCGAGAGAGAUUGAUUAGAGCACUCGCACGGGAUUUACAAGUUCCCUUAUUGAUUCUUGACAGCAGCGUUCUUGCGCCUUAUGAUUUUGGUGAAGAUAACUUGGAGAACGAAUCCGAUGAAGAACAUGGAGAAUCAGGUGAAGAGGUUACUUCUGAAUCAGACGUUGAGGACGAAGCGAGCAAUGAGGAAGAGUGGACUAGCAGUGGUGACUCGAGAUCAGAUGAUGAAGAUGUUGAGGCUCGGGCUGAAAAAGCCCUAAAGAAGCUUGUUCCUGGAAAUCUUGAAGAUUUUGCAAAGAACAUCACAGUUGUUAGGGAGAUUUCGUCCGAAUCUUCGAACCAGAAGGGUACAGAGUCUUCUGAGGAGGUAAAAGAGCCAUUAAAGAAAGGGGACCGUGUCAAGUACGUAGGGCCUUCUGUCAGUGUGGAAGAAGAUAACGUUAGUAGGUCCAUAGCCACUGGUCAACGUGGGGUGAUCUAUGAAAUUGAAGGAGAAACCGUUGCGGUUAUCCUAGAUAGUGCAGAAGACAAGCCAAAUGAUGCGAAGGAUAACGAGAAUCUUGAGCAAUCUGCCACAUCAUCAAUAUUCUGGCUUUAUACGAAGCAUGUCGAGCGUGAUUUCGAUACUGAAGCUGAAGACGGUUAUAUUGCGAUGGAGGCAUUAUCCGAGGUGUUAUCGUCUGUGCAACCUCUUAUUGUGUAUUUCCCAGACUCAUCUUUGUGGUUGUCACGCGCUGUUUCCAAGUCAAACCGUAAAGAAUUUGUGAAUAGACUUCAAGAAAUGUUUGACAAGAUAUCCGGGCCUGUUGUUUUAAUAUGUGGCCAAAACAAAGCUGCAACUGGAUCAAAAGAAAAAGAGAAAUUUACUAUGAUUCUUCCAAAUCUGGGCCGCCUUGCGAAAUUGCCUCUUUCUUUGAAGCGACUUACUGAAGGACUGAAGCCCGCAAGAAGUUCAGAGGACAAUGAGAUUUACAAAAUAUUCACUAAUGUUAUGUGUCUACAUCCUCCAAAGGAGGAAGAUCCUCUUAGAGUAUUUAAUAAACAAAUCGACGAAGACAGACGGAUUGUUAUAUCACGAAGCAAUAUAAAUGAAUUGCAAAAGGUUCUUGAGGAAAAUGAGCUAACUUGUGUGGACCUUUUGCAUGUAAAUACUGACGGAGUGAUACUGACGACAAAGAAAGCGGAGAAUGUCAUUGGGUGGGCUAAAAAUCAUUACUUAUCAACGUGCGAGCUUCCUUCCGUCAAGUCGGAUAGAUUGAAUUUGCCCCGUGAAAGCCUUGAAGUUGCAAUUUUGAGACUAACUGAGCAGGAAUCGAUAUCCAAGAAGCCUGCACAGAACUUAAAGAAUCUUGCUAAGGAUGAAUACGAAAGCAACUUCAUUUCAGCAGUUGUUCCUCCUGGUGAAAUUGGUAUUAAAUUUGAUGAUAUCGGUGCUCUUGAAGAUGUGAAGACUGCAUUACAUGAAUUAGCCAUUCUUCCAAUGAAAAGACCCGAGCUUUUCUCCCAUGGAAAUCUAUUGCGGCCUUGCAAAGGAAUAUUGCUUUUUGGGCCACCUGGAACCGGGAAAACGCUUCUUGCAAAAGCACUUGCAAAUGAAGCAGGAGCUAAUUUUAUCAGCAUAACGGGGUCCACCCUUACAUCUAAGUGGUUUGGUGAUGCUGAAAAACUUACAAAGGCCCUCUUCUCAUUUGCCAGCAAAUUGGCACCCGUAAUCGUGUUUGUUGAUGAGGUCGACAGUUUACUCGGUGCCCGUGGUGGCGGAUUUGAACAUGAAGCUACCAGAAGAAUGAGAAACGAGUUUAUGGCAGCGUGGGAUGGAUUGAGGUCAAAAGAUAGUCAACGGAUUCUCAUUCUUGGUGCCACAAACCGUCCUUUCGAUCUUGAUGAUGCCGUCAUCCGUCGGUUACCACGAAGGAUAUAUGUGGACUUGCCUGAUGCUGAUAACCGAUUGAAGAUACUGAAAAUAUUUCUUGCUAAAGAAAACAUAGAACCUGAUUUUGAUAUACGAGGUCUCGCCAAUGCAACUGAAGGAUAUUCGGGGAGUGAUUUGAAGAACCUUUGUAUUGCUGCAGCGUAUAGACCUGUUCAAGAACUUUUAGAUGAGGAGAAAAAAGGAAAGAAAUACGACAAGACGCCAGCGUUAAGACCGCUUAAUUUGGAUGAUUUCAUUCAAUCCAAGGCCAAGGUGGGGCCAUCCGUGGCUUAUGAUGCUGCAAGCAUGAAUGAACUCAGAAAAUGGAACGAGCAAUAUGGAGAAGGCGGAAGCAGGAAAAAAUCGCCGUUCGGCUUUUAACGCUACCAACGAUAUCGGUUUUGUUCGGGAUUGUUAAAGAUAGAAGAUAAUGUAGGCGGUAACCUUAGCAUCCACAAUCUUUGUACUUGUUAUCAUUGGGAGAGUUGCUUCUGGUCAAAUCAACUGUAAUAGAAUGAUAGAUAGCAGCUGAUAGCAAUGUUCUUAAACAAUUUCCCAUUUAUUACAAAAGAUUUUAUCUUUACCAUAAAA